CUAAAUUCAGUAUUACUCAAGUCCCUGAGAACUUCAGUCGCGGUUUAAUUCAUCGAUCUGAUCGGUAGGAAAGCUAUAGUCUCAACAGCAAGUAGGAUCAUGACUUCAAAAAUUCCAGCUUUCAAAUUAAACAAUGGCAGAGAGAUGCCUUCAAUCGGUUAUGGUACAUGGCAGGCGAAGGACGAUGAACUUGAAAAAGCAUUAGAAGCAGCUUUAGAAGCGGGUUAUAGACAUAUCGACACGGACUCAUAUGGAAAUGAGAAGGUCAUUGGAAAAGUAUUGAACCGCUGGAUCGAUGAAGGAAAAUUUAAACGAGAAGAUAUUUUCUUGGUAACAAAGCUUCCCGCUGGUGGUGUUCGCCCUGAAGGAGUCUCAAAGUAUCUGAAUAGAUCUCUAGAGAACCUACAAAUGGAUUAUGUUGAUUUGUACCUUAUUCAUGUACCAUUUACUCUCAAAGAUGUUGAAGGUCAACUCUUUCCCACUAAGCCUGAUGGUACUAUUGAUAUGGAUUUUUCUACAGAUCAUAUUGCCGUAUGGAAGGAGAUGGAAAAACAAAUAGAUAACGGUAAAACUAAGGCAAUCGGAUUGUCUAACUUCAAUAAAACGCAAAUAGAAAGGAUAUUGAAGAACUGCAAGAUAAGGCCCAGUGCUCUACAAAUUGAACUUCAUCCGUAUCUUCAGCAAAAUGAAUUGGUUGAUGUUUGCAAACAGCAUAAUAUCAUCGUUACAGCUUAUUCCCCUCUGGGAUCACCAGGUCUAGCAGCAUUCAUGGCCUCCAAUUACGGAACGAAAUUAAAUUUACCAGACGUUCUUGGAAACCCAACCAUCAAAGCCAUUGCUAAGAAGCAUUCUAAAACGGAAGCUCAAGUAGUAUUGCGUUUCCUCAUUCAGGGUGGAUGUAUACCCAUUCCGAAAAGCACCAAUCUUGCAAGGCUCAAGCAAAAUCUCGAUAUUUUUGAUUUCGAACUGGAUAAGGAGGAUAUCAAGCAACUGAAAGUUUUGGAUGCAGGGAUCAGGAUUUGUGACUGCAUGGUGUUCAAGGGGAUAGAAAAGCAUCCCGAAUAUCCUUUCUAGGAUGUUAUCAAGCAAUAA